GUGUAUCGGUCGUAGACGGUUGUCUGUCAGCCGCCAUAUUUGUUUUAAACGCGCGCGAAAACGAAUUACAAAAAUAUGAACAUCGUGUCAUUAACUCUGUGGACAUUAGAACAUAAUUGUUAUUAUGUGUAUACAAUAUUGAUAGUAUUUUUUAUUGGCUUCACAGUGAUCCACAAAAAUAGGAUGGAAACAAAUUUAAAUAGAACUGUCUCUGCAAAAAAGAAAUUGGCGCGAAGUUGGAACAGUGGGAGAGAAAGAGAUUUCCCUGAUGAUGAGGACCCUGACGGUCUCGUCCCUGCAAUACCUGAAGAUAUAGCUCACAUACCCUACAAGCCUCCUCGUCGAUCAAACGAGGAGAUAUUGGAGAAGUCACGGGAAUAUUACGAGCUGAUGGCCAAGAGAAGGACUGUUAGAGCGUUCAGUCCUGAACCGAUACCUGAUGAAGUAUUGGAUAACAUUAUAAAAACUGCUGGUACCUCACCAUCUGGUGCUCACACAGAACCAUGGACAUUCGUAGUAGUCCAAGACCCAGAAGUAAAAGAAGCUAUCAGAACUAUUGUGGAAGAGGAAGAAGAAUUGAACUACACACAAAGAAUGUCCAGACAAUGGGUAACAGAUUUGAAACCGUUCGCAACGAAGCACAUAAAGCCAUAUUUAUCUGAAGCACCAGCGUUGCUAUUGGUAUUUCGUCAGACGCAUUCCUGGAGAGAGGAUGGAAAGAAAAAAAUGCAUUAUUAUAGUGAAGUCAGUAUAGCGAUUGCAGCUGGUAUCCUGUUAACUGCCAUUCAGUAUUGUGGACUAGUAGCUCUUACUUCCACCCCGCUGAAUUGCAACGCUCGUCUUAGGGAUCUUCUCUCAAGACCAGGCAACGAGAGAUUAGAACUUCUGCUACCUGUAGGAAGACCACACAAGGAUGCCACAGUACCCGAUCUACCUAGGAAGCCGCUAUCAGAAAUUAUGAUAAAGAUCUGAUUGAUAUCACAUUUCAUACAAUAAUGGGGAAACGCAACGCAACUCUGGUUGUAAUUAUUUACCUCUCCAUUGGUUUUCUAUAAAUUGUGCAUUUAAAGAACCACGAGAAAAUAAGCCACUUGCGGUUGUGCCAAUAAAAUGUCAUAUUCUUAUGUUAGGUGCCUUAAUUAUACGCACGAUAUUCUAAAACUUUCCCGAUUUAUCUACAAUGUGAUAUGAAGAUUUUGGAACUAUUAUGCAUUAGUUCGUGUUUGAUCUAGAUUAAUGUAAUCCAUGACUGUAAUGACAAUAAAGACUUUA